AUGGCCUUCGGCGACCUCCUGGAGUCCGGGGCCUCGCUCGUGGCCGACGUGGCCCAGCGUGUGGCCCCGAAGAUCGUUUUCGACCCGAGCAAAGGCUACUUCGUGGAUCCGACCUUCGACGUGACGCGUUUCAACUCCGUCACCCCGGACAAGGUGGCCUUCGCGGUCAUCACCUCCCUCACGAUCGUGGUCAACUGGCUGGUCCUGUGCUUCCUCUGGUACCGCCGGGACUACAUGCCCUUCAAGGCCAAGCAGCUGGACAUGGUCACUUGGCUGCUGAUUGGCGGGACGACCUUCUACCUGGCCACCUUGGAACGCCCCCGGGCCGGGCCUGCGCCGGCGGCGCUGGCAGCGGCGCCGGCAGCGCUGUUGUCAGGAGCCCCGGCCGUUCGCCCGCGGCUGUACAACUGUCGAACGCCCAGCACCCUGUGCCGCCGAGAGCGGAGCCGCCCGGAACUGUCGCCAGUCGGCUGGCCAUCCGGCUGGGCGGCCGAGGGAGUCAAGGGUAACACCACCCUCGGGGACAACCCCUCCGGGCAUGAUCUGGGCUACAUGUCGGCGUCCAGCUCGAACGACUCGCUCAACGACCUGGAGGCCGGGCGCCAUGCGGACCGGAAGGCCGGCUAUGCCGGCGGCCGCGUGUCCAGCACCCUGUCCAUGGGGCCGGGCGGCGAGUCGAGCCGGCAGCUGGGCUCCGGCGGGGCCGGGUCCCAGCCGGCCGGCCAGGAGUCCAUCGAGAUGAGCGUCAUCAACCCCGGCGAGCUGCUCAUCAUGACCGACUCCGGUGGGUCGGACGACGACUCCUUCGAUGCCGGCGACGAGGAGGAGGAGGAGGGCACCCACGAGGGCGGCCCGGCGGGUUCUGCGGCGGCCCCGGCCGCCGUUGCCCCGGCCGGGGGACGGGCCACCCCGCCGCCCGACUUCGAGCAGGGCUCCUACCGGUGA